CUUGAUCCAUUCAUAUAUCUCGUGCUAUGGUGCAAAAUCUGCCUAAAUCGCUAUGUCAGAAUGUGACACGAAAAUAAUAACGGAGUCCUAUUUCAGAACUUGAGAAACAAAAUCUCAUACAAUGUCGUAUCUAUUCUACCCUUAGUCAAUGUUCAUAGAAUUGUCAAUCCCAAAUUAUAUACAAAAUAAGUGUGCUGUGUUAUCAGAUUUGACAUUUCAUACAGAUAAGACAUUUAUUACAUUAUUCAUUAGUAUGCAAUAGAAAUGUACAUUUGCAUAUCAUAUAUGAAUUUUGUAUAUAGAUUUACAAACAAAAUGACCGAAAAAACAACAGUUGGUGGUAUUCCAGUUGAAUGUUUAACUGGAGAACCUGCAGCCAUUUGGUCUGGCUGGCGUACAUUAGGAGACAGAGAACUUGUUAGAGAAGCAUCUGCAAAGGGUACUCACAUUAAUCUUGCUUAUAAAUGUCUAGCCUACAGAAGAAGAUGUUCCAUUGAAGAUGCUCAAUAUUAUUUUAAUAAAGAAGUAGAAAUUUGGAUUACAGAACUGUUAAAGAAACAUCAAAUUUAUAGAGCUUCUCAUAUUUUAAAUAAUAUGAACAAAAAUCCAGUGGAACAUAUAUUUGAAGUUUGUAUAAACUGUAAAGAUUUUACAUUAAGAAAUUAUUUAUCAGAAUAUUUAAUAAGUGUUGCGCAUUUUGAGAAUGAAUACAUCAAUUCAUGGAAUAUAGUAAAAAGUAUUGUAGAAUAUGAACAGAAAUAUAUGAUUGAGGAUGGCUUAAGUUCUUCUUUAUGUAUAGAGGAUAUUAUAAAGUUACCAGAAGAUAUAAAACAAGCAUUGUGCAUUGAAUUAUUUUUUUCUAUAUCUCAACAGUCUCUUUCAACAAAUAUAACUAAUACUAUAUUAUGGGAUUAUUUGCUAUCAAAUAACAAAAUUGAGCUAUUAAAAUUUUGGAUUGACACUUAUUAUGGUAGCAGUACUUUAGAAGAAGUAAACGAAAUUAAUGCAAAAUAUAAAUCUUUACUCAAUACUUUGGAUAUAAUGCCAAAUAUGAUUGAAGCUAUUGAUUCUUCAAGUGCCAGUACUCUUAUAAAAGAUCUAGUUAAAAAUCAUCUAUGUAGGUAUGGCAUAUUUAUAGAAAAAGAACAACAUGAUGUUAAAUUAUUAUUGGCACGUAUAUUUGGCAGUGCAAUGACAAUAUCAGAAUUUAACACAAUAUUAUCAUAUAAAUCUUGCAAUAUUAAUAAAACUGAUUUUAUGAAGAAAAUUGACAAAGAAUUGUGUCUUGCACAUUGCUUGAGUGAAACAAGUACUGAAGAAGAUAAAACCAAGAUUGCUGAAUUAUAUGAUGCUUUGACAAAAAUGUGUGAAAGCCAAGAAGAGUUUCAAGAUAUAUUAAUAGAUGGAAUUUUUAAGACAAUUCAUUAUUUUUCUGACGAUGUUGCUGAAUAUUUAAAACAAAAUUAUUUAAUAGUUUUAAUAUUGAUACUUUUACAUCUAUCUAGAGAAAGUACAAUAUAUAAUAAGAAUAAAAAUACAGUACUGAAAGAAAGUAUUCUACAAAAUAUAUUUACAAAUAAAAAUGAUCUUCAGUUAUGUGGUUAUAGUAUUUCAAACGAAGUUCUUCGAAAUACAUUAAAACAGGUUCCAAUUCUCGAAUCCAUCAUAGAAAAAAAACCAAAGAAAGAAGUUACAGUAUAUGAAUUAUUAGAUGGUUAUGAAAAUUUAAACGUAAAACAAUUAUAUAAAUGGCGUUUUAAUGAUGAACCAAUGCCCCACUUCUCUAAUGAAACUCUUGUUAAAAUGUAUGGAUAUACAGAAAUAUUAACAUAUGAAUACUAUUUGAACCAAGCUCGCCCUAAUAUGGCUAUAUUUAGUUUAAAACAUUCUCAAGGAAAACUAAUUGGAAAUGUUUCUUCUAGAAGGAAACAUAAAGCAGCUCUGUAUGCGCAUAUUCUUGCCUUACGAAAUUUAAACAAAUCCGAAAUUUUACGUACUUGUAUUGCUUUCAUGGAAAUGCUAGGUAUUGAUUCGGAAAAUUUAAGACUGCAUAUAACUGUGGCUAAUUACAUACAUAAGGAGAUUAAUGUUUCUAUUGGGAACUUAUUAGAAAAUAUAAUGUACAGAAAUGAAAAUGAUUUAAAAACUGUAAUAUCUUAUCUUGAAAGUAGUUUUCAAACAAAUUGUACUGAAAGUUUAAUUAAUGAUAGUCAACAGUUCAUAAAAGUAUUAAAAAUAUGGGAUAUUAUUGUACGAUUUACAAAAGCACACAAUUUUGCUUUGCCAGUUAGUUUAUUAAAAUUUUUAGCAACUCAGAAUCAUUGGUUUGAAUUCGUAUUAGUUUGUCAUAUCUUCAAUUAUCCAUUGAAUCAGGUAUUGGAAAAUACAAAAUAUUUUGAAGAUACUGUUCUCAGAGAACAUUUAUUAACUUGUUUGUGUAAUAUUCAACUUACAAAAUCUCAAUUAGCUGCACAUAAUGAACAAAAGAUAAAAUCACGAGAUGUUAGACAAUCACUAUAUUACAAAAUUGGAGUUAAACAAAGUGGAUCACCUACUUAUGAUUCUCUAGUAUCAGCAGAUUUAGCAAGCACUUCUGAUUCUCAUAGUGUAGGUGAUUAUAUUGUUAAUGAUAACAUUUGUUCUCCGGAUGAUGAUUUAUGGUUGAUUAUUUUAAAAUGUCACCAAAGCCCAGAUCCACCUGGUGCUUUAAUCAAUUCAUCCAGAUUAACUUCAAGACCUUUUCUUACAGUUUUAGCAUCCUGUUAUGAGCCAUCUUCAAUACCAGCAUAUUGUUAUUCAUGGAUGAUAAUAUCUACUACAGAUAAAGAAAUCCUUUCUAAUUAUAAAGAAUGUUUAGAACAACAAGUAUGGACAGCCAAUCAAGUUUCUAAUUUAUUAAAUCAAAUGGUAACAUGUGGAUAUCUUAGUAUCCUUAAUAAAGCUUACAGAAUUUUUAUGCCAGAAAAUAUCUGCAAUUUAUUUUUUGAAUUUCUUGUACAAUGUGUAAUUUAUGGUGAUUUCAAAGGUUGCCAGCAAAAGUUAUUGGAUUUCAAGGCACAAUGCAUAGAUCUCAAAUGUAAUGAAGCUAUGGAUUGGAAUUCUUCAGAUACCACGUACUUGAAUAAUUUAUAUUGGAUUGCAAUCGUUGUAAUUAAAUGCAUCAUUACAACUCUUGCUCAUGCUUUAAAAAGUACACAUCUGCAAAUAAAAUUUCUUGAAAUUUUGAUAAAAUGUAAUUUUUAUACGAAUUUUCCAGUUUUCAUUCCAAACUUUCAAUUUUUACUACAAGUUACAAAAAUUCUUCAAAAAACAAAUAUCACAUUAAACUUUGCGAUAUUCACAGUAUCAGAUAAUGUGUACAAUUUUGAUACAGAAAUUCAUAGAUGUAUUGGUGAUUUAGUAAGAAAUGAAAAUUAUGCUAAUGCAUUAGAAUUGUCAAAUUUAGCUGGAUUAGAUUCUUCUGAUAUAAUCUUAGCCCAGUAUCGAAGUAAAUUUAAAUAUUACGUACACAAAAAUGAUAAAAUUGAAGAUAAUUUUUGGAAUGAAUGUGCACUAAAUUUUAAAAAAAACAAUAUUUCACAUGAGAAAGCAGCAGAAUUUUUUGUUGAGCAUGCUGAAAAAGUUAAUUCUCAUAAAGAAAGAUAUGAAAUAUUAAAAACAGCGUUUGAAACCUUAAAAAAUAUUGAAACAGAACAACAAAAUAUUGAUGCACUUGAAACAGCAAUGUGGAAAUCAUGUAUAUUAGCUGGUCCUGAAAAUGUGCAAUUAGAUGAUGGAUCUUAUAUCUUCAACAAAUUAAAAACAGAAUUAUUAUCGGGAUUAAAUAAUUUAAAAUUUAGUUAUACAUUAAGUAACAUACAAGAAAAAAAUGCAGCUGAAACUUUAAUUAAUAAACUAAUCGAUUUAGGUAACGUGGAUACUGCAUUGAGAAUAAGUACAAUUUUUAACUAUAAACAUAAGGAUUUACAAGUUCUGAUGUUAUGUUUGAGUUUAGCAGAAGGGGAAAUUUCACCUAAUAAUUUAACUACUGAACAACAAAGUCUUUUGCAAGAAGUAAAUAAAAAUAAGCAGCAGAAAUACAAUGCCUUAAAGAAUCGUGUAAUUGCUUCAAUCAGUGCAACUAAAAUAAGUAAAACAAAAGAUGAAAACGUUCAUAAAAUACAAAUGGAGUGUAUAUCAAUUUUACAAAAAUUACUUGACAUUCUGGAACAUGGAAUAGACAUAUGUCUUAGAAUUGUUUUAUGUUAUAAAUUAGCCAUGCAAUUAGAAAAAAGUUAUCAAUUCUUGCUAAUGUUAAAUAAUCCAAUUCAGUUUUUACAAGAAAUUACAGAAAGUGAUAUUGAGAAUAAAUCCGAAAUUAUUAAUGAUAUAAUCAUUGCAUACAAAAUAAGUAGUGAUAGUGUAGCGACAUUUUUGGCUGAAAAUAUUACUCUAAAUAUUACCCGUGCGGUAGAAGGUGGAUAUGAAAAUAAUGUUUAUUUAUGGGGAUAUGCCUUAAAUACAAAUUUUCGUGUUAUUAUGGAACUAUGCAACGAUGUUUCACUUGUUGGUUGGAAACUUUUAAAAACAGCAAAUAAAUUACUUGGACAUUCUCAGGGUGAAAAAACAAACGCAUUGACCCUGAAAACGAUUGCAGAACUAUUAAUACGAUCUCAUGAUUGCUUUACAACUUCUUGUAAUAUGGAAGGUAUAGCAUCAGUAUUAUGUAAAUGUCAAAUUUUCGCAAACGUUUUACAAAAUCUUAAGUAUUGGACGUUAUUGGUCCGUCUUGUAACAGGUGUUGGUCGUUUUACAGAAAUGAAUUACGUAUUUCAAAUUUUAAAAGAAAAUGAUCAAUUUGAAUUUUUACUUGGAAAAGGAUUAAAUAAGGUAACUGGUUUAGAAACAGCAAUUUUGGAAUUCCUCAAACGACAUUGCCCUGAAAAUAAAGAACUUUUUACUUUGGUAGCCUUACAUUUUCGAUUGUAUCAUGAAUUAGCAUUUAUGUGGGAAAAUGAAGCGAAAGAUAUAAUUAAAGCAAUAAUAUCAGAUGCUACGAAAGAUCAUAAUAAAUUGCAAAGUACCAUUCAACAUGAAAUAAAAUUCAUUAAAACCGAAAAUAUCCUCAAACAAUUACAUUUGGUUGUUACUAAUUAUACUCAUGCAACAGAGUAUUAUUUACAGGCUAAUAAAUUAAAUCUUGCUAAUCAAUGUUCUGAUCAAGUACAAUUAGUUGCUCUUCAACUUUCACUUUUUAAUACAGUGUCUUAUAAUCAACAAGUAAUUUGUAUACUUAAUUUAAAAUCUGAAGAUAUUGAUAAAGUAUUAUGUCACAGCUUAAGCUUCUCUCAAGCUUUCAUUGUCAUACAUGCUUAUAAUCAUCAUGUAGAUUGGGUACAGAUUGGAAAAAAGCAUUACACAUACUAUGACAGAUAACAUGAAAAUAUUAAUUUCUGAAUUAUUAGAUGUGGAAUGUAAGUAUGUAUUAGCCAGUCAAUUAGGAUUUAAAGACGUAGUAGAAAUAAUGCUUAAUAAUCCUAUGAUUGGUGCGUAUCUAAAAGACACUGUAUGGAAAAAGGGAUAUAAUGCUUUCUAAAUACUUUCUUUAAAUUAUACAUUUCCUAUAAACAAAUAUAUUCAUUAUUCAAAGUACACAUGUACGUUUUUAUUAGUUUUUACAUAAAUAAAUCUGUCAUAUAUUUAAAUUUCCAAUAAAUAUUUUUAUUUCAUCCAUUCAGAAUAUAUAUUCUUAAUUAUAUUUUUAAAAACAAAAGAAUUAUUUAUUGAGCUUCAUAUUUCUAUGUAAAAUAAUGUACAAUUUAAGACGAUAAUAAUGUCUGAAAGUAUAUGUUAUAAAAAAAUUUCAUUGCAUAAUCGAUCAGAAAAGGCAGCAGUUUUAAAACUAGAUAUAUAUAUAAAAAAACAUGAAACAAAAUUUGGAAAAAUAUCAUCUAAAAAAAUUUUAUCGCGAAAACAAUUAAAAUUAUUAAAACUUAUACAUGAAUUAAUGAAAGCUAUUGAAAAAGAAGAAAUCAACAAACAACAAGGUAUAAUUUUACAAUUUCUUCAGCCAUUAUUUUAAAAUUUCAUUAUUUUUCUAUAGCAUUUCAAUUGCUAAAAACUUCUAAUGAUGCAAUAAGAACAACAAUUUCUACAUUUCAAGAUUCAAUGAAGCAAUAUAAAGAUAUCAUAAAAACUGAAUUUGCAAAACUCGAUUGUUUAAGUACAAAUCGACUUUUAAGUAUUAAUUAUACAUAAACAUAAUUUAUCAAUGUUAUACAACUAUAUUAUAAGAUAUAGAAGUUUUAAUAUUGUAGAAGUUUUAACAUUAUAUUCUAAUUUAUCUUAUUUAAAU